GCUACUGACAGGUCAAUAGUUGGGUGGAGCGUUUCUCAGCGUAGUUGGAAACAGACGUCGUCACACUUCGAAUGUCUCGGCGAAUAUUUUUUUUGUCGUGAUUAUAUUUGCGCGUCUCAGCUGACAAAGGUACUACAAAGUGUGAUUUGAAAAUGGCUGAGGAGACCAGCUCUAGACCCAGCCUCCUUACGAGAAUGAAAGGAUAUCUUAAAGAAGCGCCGUUCUUUUGCAAAAUUAUCGAAUUGGUUCUCUGUGUCAUUGCAACGGGAUUAGUAACAGGACCAUUUCAACAGAAUCAAUUUCGACCAACUGAUAUACAUCACAUAGCGAUAUUUCACGUGGCAGUGUGUGGUUAUAUUUUCAUAAAUGGAGUUCUUAUUAUGAGCCAUCUCUUAGGCGAAAGAUUGCCUAAAAAAACCGCUCUUAUUUUUUCGACGAUGGGCGCUAUUCUCUGUUGCACCGCCGGCCUCAUUCUGAUUCGCGACUGGGACAAUUUUUCGAGUAACCUGAUUCACGCGUAUCUGCAGGAAUACAGCGAUCAAACGGUAGCGGCUGGUUCUUUCGCGAUCUUGGCAGCUUUAGUAUUUGCCAUAGAUACGUACUUCAUCAACAAAAACGACUGAUCGCCGUAGAUUUCAAUCAUCGUGAUUGUAAAGAGCGAGACGGAACCAAUCGGUUUGUUGUUACAAUCCUGCUUUAUUAAAGCUAUUAUUUCACUGAU